AUGGCGAUGAUGACUGGCCGUGUGCUGCUGGUGUGUGCCCUCUGCGUGCUGUGGUGUAGUGCCUACUGUAGAUGUACGGAAGAGGAGUCAGUUUCCCUUUCUCGGUCUGGUAUUGGUGAUUCUAGGACGGGGUCAGGCGUCUCUGGGGAAAACGGAGUGAAAACGGAUAAAACAAAGACAAUGAAAACUGCGUCUGAGGGUGAUUCUCAUCCCAGUGAACGAGACGUGUCAGAUGGAGGAAGCUUUGAUCAAGCACCACCCGAUAAAUCUAUUUGUAAAGAGAAGAAUGAUGGUUCUACUGUCAAACCCUUGACUACCGAUGGGGAGGUUCUAUUGGAUAGUCAGGAAACCAUUGCCACUCAUUUGAAAGGGAUGGACACAGACCUGGCAGACCCAAAUAUAAAUCAAAAUCAUAAAAAUCCAAAAGCAAUUGAUGGUAUUGACACACAAUUACCAGACGCUCCAGCGGCACCAAAAGCACAGCCAUCACCGCCAACAGUGCCGACAGCGAAUAAAACAGUGAACUCAAAAGAGGAACUGACAGCUGAAGAAACUCCCGAACAUUCACGUGCCACACGGAACCCAAAUGAAGGCAGUGAAACCAAAAACACAACUGAUCAAGCUCUGAAGCCCGAUGCUGGCGGUAUUGACACUCUGGCGUCGGAGGAUGCUAGCAGUCCCUCUAUUGACGACGCGGCAACCAGUGAGGCGACUGCCAACACUGCCCGUGUAGGAUCCCCAAUUGCAUCCCUUAACAAUACCGAUGGAAAAAAUGAGGGAUCGCGCGACGGUGAGAGUCCCACUCCAAGUCCUUCAGCUGCAGAACCUGAAACUAUUACAACGGCCAAACCGACCACUCAUGAUGUAAGCCACCCAAACAAAAACGGCACCGUAACCUUCACAGGAGAGAAGAAUGCUCCAACAACUAACCCUAAGAGUGCAACGGAGGGCAAGGAAACCGCAGACGUUGAGAGUGACAGCAGCACCGCGGUCUCCCACACCACCUCCCCUCUUUUGCUUCUUCAGCUUCUUAUUGUUGUUGCGCGUGCGGCUGCUGCUGCGGUGGUGGCCGCGUGA